AAUAAUAAGAGUAGUACUAAAAAAACAAAUUAAGAGUUUGGUACCAUUUGGAAAAAAGUGCGAAGGUUUGAUACCAGGCAUUUAACCCCAUAAGAGCAUAGACAAUCUUCAUCCCUCAGUGACAUUAACUAUAAGAAUUCUCUUUCAUUAUAUGCCUCAUUAUACCCUUCUCAUUAAUACUUGUUGCCCUAGGAGUCUUUUAGUGUCUUACAUGUUCUGUGUUAGACCUUCCCUCAGUCAACUCUUACUUUCCCUUCCUCAAUUGGUUCGAUUACCACUUUGUUUCCACUCUAACUUGUUCAUGGAAUCAAGAUUCACUCGUGACUCGUCCAUCAGUGUAACUUUUAUUUCUGAAGUGGAUAUUCUUGCUAUGUCAAUAAUGCAGCUACAGGCUAGAAGGUGAGUUAUAACAGCAUCUUUCAUGAACAUUUUUGGGCAAAGGAUUCAAAUCCAUCGUCUCCCAAGGAGUACCAUUCAUAGGUACAUUGCAUGUACAACGUACGGUUUUGAUUAUAAAAUGGUGCAUCACGUUAACCUUGGAGACAAGAAGAAACAUGUUCUUAUUACCUUCUCAUAUAUAGUUAUCCUAAACUGGCAGCAUGAUGUUUUUCAGUGUUUCAGAAUUUUUCUUCUAUCGCAAUGUCUUAAGCAAGUUGUCCUCUUUUAAUAAUUUCCCAGCCAAUAUAUUAUCAGUGUGGCCUCAUCUGUCUUCCAAUGACAAGGAUUAUACCAUAGUUACCCAUGUGAUAUUCCAUUCUUAAAUGCAAUAUUCGAGCUAACAUCGCUAAUUUGUCUUCAGGGAUUCUUACCAUAAGCCUAGAUUCGUGGCUGGAGUACAAGUCUCAAUAAUUCAAUAAUAAUUAUCAUAAUGCACCUAGCUAAAGUAUUGUUCUCUUCUUGGUGAACAUAUUGUUUUUUUCUUGGUGCUGGUUCUAGCUAUACUCUUAAGAAUGCACCUGCUAAAGGUGCACUAAGACAGCAUCUUUGAUGAACAUUUUUGGGCAGGUACAUUUUUUAGGUACAUUGUAUGUAAUUCUAGAUGCAACAAUGAAAGGGGUCGCAUUCAGUAAAACCAUAAUAAAAAAGGAGAACCAUGUGAUAAUGAUGCUGAAAUUGCCAGCAUGAGGUACUUCAAUGUUGUCAGAUUUUUUCUUUUUUGUUUUUUCUCAAAUCAUAAUGUCUCUAGGAAGUUGUCCUCUACAAUAAUUUUGCCUGUAUUCUAUUCUUUUGAUUAGAUUAAAAAAAUUCGUUCUUGUCUGCCAAGGACAUAAACUUACUAGCAUUACCAAUGUGCCAAUAAAAUAUGGAGCUAACAGCUAUUCUGCCUUCAUUGAUUCUUACCAUAAGCCUAAAUUCGUGGCCGUAGGUUAAUCCUCAUUGUUCGAACAUCCUAUCCUGAGCAAUGCUAAUGCUGUCUGAAAUGGAAUAAUUUCUAUGAAACGUAUGAUUAUUCGAUGUACAGGACUAAAUUCUUGCUUGGGAGGAUGGCACUAGCCAUGAUAGAAGAGGCACACUACAGCACUCUGCCUUUAUCCUGUAAUGUUUGUUUAAACAUUCAUAUAUCUAUUUGUAAUUACCAUAUUAACCACAUGAAUAAAGAAAGAAUAAAGUCUGCAAGAUCGUUGGCACAAAUACUACAGAGAAAUCAAAAAAUGCAGGGUAGCCAGUGUUAUCACAUGCAAUUUGCCUUGAAAAACUAGGUAAUGCUUCUUCAUCAUCUUCCCAUAUAAAUAUUGAAGAAAUUAGUGACUGAAGCAGCAUAUUUGCCUAGCUCUAUGCAAACUAAAAUGGAAGGCUCAUCUCCAUCUCCUUGCCUGCAUCUUCCUGUCAGGAGUAUUAGCUUGCCAUCUAGAGAACACCCAAUUUCUCUCAAGUUUGAUGCAGUACUUAAUCACCUAAAAUCUUGGCAGAUAUUAUCUGCUUCUGAAACAGCACCUUUCGGCGCUGAGAGCUUUCAAAUCGGUCUAGUUGGCCUUGCAGAGUUAUACAAUUACGUCGAGCAAAUUUUUCUCACCCCACAAGCUCAACAAGCUAUCAUUCACUAUCAGAAUGGAAAGUUAGUGGAAGAAGCUCUUGAUGGAUCUCUCACAUUGCUAGAUACUUGCGGCACCGCAAAGGAUCUAUUGCUGAUGAUGAAGGAACAUGUUCUAGCACUUCAGUCAGCUUUUCGCAGAAAAGGUGGAAAUUCAAGCAAUAAAAGUAAUAUCUAUGCUUAUAUUAAUUCAAGAAAGAAGGUACAAAAGGAUAUUGGCAAGUGCCUUGUAGCAUUAAAGAAAUUGGAAACCAAAGUUGGCUGCCCUGAUGUUUUUGAUGCAGAUCAGAACGUAUCUAUGGUGGUAAGAGUUAUAAGAGAAGCAAGCAUCAUCACCAUAUCCAUUUUUCGGUCCCUUCUAUUAUUCUUAUCCAUGCCAGGAAUGAAGACAAGGAGCGGCUGGGCAUCAGUUUCAAAACUAAUUUCGCUAAGAUCAUCUUCUUCUGAUAAAGGAGAAGAUCAUAUAAAUGAAAUCAAGAGUCUAGAUCUCUCUCUUUCCUCCCUUCACGAGCAGUUACAGGCCGGUGAUCCCAAAGCGGAAGUGAAAAGGAUACAGACAUUAUUAGAGGCUGUAAAUCUUAGUCUUGAUAGCCUUGAGGCUGAGUUAGAGUGCAUGUCUAGGUGUUUAGUACAAAAUAGAGUCUCUUUACUCAACAUCCUCACUCAGUAGUGAUACUGAAAAAUUCUGUAAAUUGAAGAAUGAUG